AAUGGAAAACAUCAUUCAACGGGCCGCAUCCUAUUGGCCAAUAGCAUUAUGCACAGGUGGACCUAAUGAAUGUAUGUGUACCUGCCCGUGGACCAGACUGGAAUAGGCCCUCCCAACCAGGAAGGGAAGUUAUGACGCGCUGUUGUGUCUGGCUAGUACCUACCGCUACCGCUCCCCGCUAAACGGCCACGUCGCCAUCUGAGAAACCAACCCCAGAGCUCUAAUCUCUAGGGACAGCCCGGCCCAUCCACCAUACAUCGACAAUCUCGCAUCACACUGCCUCACUUAUCGACGUCACACCCUCAGAGUUCCAGGCUUCUCAACGACUUCCCGGCCGUUGUGACUUCCAAUUCUACGACACCUACAGUAUACUCCACGUCCCUGUCUCCGCCCCGACCACCAUCAUGAAGGCUGCUCUCUUCCUUUCCGCUCUCGCCUCAACCGCCGUUGGCGUUGUUGCUGAGGAGCUCAAGAUCGAUGUGACUCUUCCCGUUAUUUGCGAACGCAAGACACAGAAGGGAGACGGGGUUCACAUGCACUACCGUGGUACCCUCAAGGACUCGGGCAAGCAGUUCGAUGCUAGCUACGAUCGCGGUACUCCCCUUUCCUUCAAGGUCGGUGCUGGCCAGGUUAUCAAGGGGUGGGACGAGGGUCUUCUUGACAUGUGCAUUGGUGAGAAGCGAGUCCUGACCAUCCCCCCUGAGUUCGGCUACGGCCAGCGAGCCAUUGGCCCUAUCCCCGCCGGCUCAACCCUAGUUUUCGAGACAGAGCUCGUCGGAAUUGACGGCGUCCCCAAACCCGAGAAGAUCGAGACCAAGGUUGUCGAAGGCGCCGAGUCUGCCGCCGAGGCCAUCAGCGAGGCUACCGAGGCUGCUGCGACAGCUUCCCAGAAGGUUGCCGGCAAGGUUGCUGAGGCCAUCGUCGAUGCUGCUAAGGCUGCCAAGACCAUCAUUGCUGAUACCGAUGACGCUCCUGAGCACGAGGAGCUGUAAAAACAUGAUAUAACGAUUUACUUUGCAUACCACGAAACGCAAUGACAUAUCAUAUCAUCCACUAUACAUAGAAUUUGAAGGAAGGCUGGAUAACAAAAUUAUUCACUAUUGAUGUCAUAUCGUGCGCUUUGGUCGAGUAGGGCCCCACGCUGUCCUCAAGUGACUUGUUGGCUGUAGAUGCAUGAGUGUAGAUGUAGGGAGAGUUUGCCGUCUACCUGGAGUGUGGUUGAAGGGUUCGUUCUGUAGAUCUCGACGUCAUACUCGUUGCUCUUAUUCUUCUUCAUUCUUUCUUGAGAAAAACUUCGUUUCUAGCGGUCACGGGGGCACCAGUCAUGAUGGUGGUUUCUAUCACAAUCCUUUUUCACCCCGCAUCCAUGUGAUGAUCCGGGUCAGUGGACAUGCAUGUAUGCUGUUCGAGUCAUGUCCAUCUAGGCUGUGGUGUCUUGAACCUAUAGGACCCUCCGCUGAUGAAAAAUCAUCGAUG